UCGCCGCUCCCGCCGCUCCCGCAGCUCCGCGGCCGAGAGGGGCCGAGAGGGGCCGCGGCUUCCCGGGCGCGGGAAAGGGCCCUGGGCUGGGCCAAGGCGGCGGAGGGCGGCGGCGCGGGGUCACGGCGGUACCAUGGGGAAGCGGGAUAACCGUGUGGCUUAUAUGAAUCCCAUAGCUAUGGCCAGGGCACGAGGUCCUGCCCCAAAUUCAGGACCAACAAUACAAGACUACUUGAACAGGCCAAGACCAACAUGGGAAGAAGUGAAAGAGCAACUAGAAAAGAAAAAGAAAGGAUCCAGGGCUUUGGCUGAGUUUGAAGAAAAGAUGAAUGAGAAUUGGAGGAAAGAACUGGAAAAACACAGGGAGAAAUUACUGGGCGGAAAUGAGAGCUCCUCCAAAAAAAAAGAGAAAAAGAAAAAGGAGAAGAAGAAAUCUAAUAGGUUGUCUUCAUCUUCCUCUUCUUCAUCAAGCUCUGAUUCUUCCAGCAGUUCAUCUGAUUCAGAAGAUGAGGAUAAAAAGCAAGGGAAGAAAAGAAGGAAGAAGAAGUAUCGCUCCUCACGGAAAUCUUCAGCAAGCACAACUUCAGAAUCUGAGUCAGACAGCAAGGACAGCACAAAAAAGAAAAGGUCAAAGGAAGACUGUGAAAAAGAGAAGGAAGGUAAAAAUCACCACAGGAAAAGGAAGAAAGCAGAUCGUGGUGAUGGACCUUUAUCGUCAGAAUCUGUAUCUGAAUCGGAUCAGACAGAGGAGGUGCAAGCGAAAAAGAAGAAAAGCAAUGAGGAAAAGGAGAAAACAGAUAAAACAAAAAAGAGAAAGAAGCACAAGAAACAUGGUAAAAAGAAGAAAAAGAAGACUGCUGGUUCAAAUUCAGAUUCAGAAUAAUAUUUUAAAACAACCGGAGACUAUCAACAGAAGUGCAAUGACUAAAGGAAACUUAAACUGUGAAAUGACAGCAAACUUUACCAAACUGCAUGAGUU